AUGACAAUGAACCACUGCUUGUUUUUGGCUGCUGGCUUUCUGCCUGUUUUGAUUAUAAGAAGAUAUGAGGCCAAACUAACAAUGGUGACUUAUAAUCAAGUCCUCACUCAAUCAGGAACUGUCCAAAGAGAAAUUGUUACUCUACAUAACACCCUCAGGAGAGGAGUGGUACCAUCUGCCAGCAACAUGCUGAAAAUGAAUUGGAAUGAAGAAGCUGCACAAAAUGCCAGGAAUUUGUCACAGUAUUGUGACUUGGUAGAGAGCAACGCCCUUAAGAGACGAAUUACAAAUACUUUCUGUGGAGAAAAUAAGCAGUUGACAUCUUAUCUUAUAUCAUGGUCAAAUGUAAUUGAAAUCUGGUACAAUGAGUCUAAAUAUUUCAAGCAUGGGGAAUGGCCAUCAGAGGAUGAAGGCAAAACAGUUGAUCAUUACACUCAGCUUGUUUGGGCUACUUCUUACCUCAUUGGCUGUGGAGUGUCAUUAUGUUGCAAAAGAAUAACACCUCAAUAUCUCUAUGUUUGUCACUAUUGUCAUGAGGGAAAUGAACCUGACAAAAAAAAUGAACCUUAUCAGAAGGGAAGUCCAUGUGGAGACUGUCCAUAUAACUGUGAAGAUAAGCUUUGUACUAACCCGUGUGUCUACUACGAUGAACACACUAACUGUAAGAAACAAAAGAAGGUACUUGGAUGCCAACACCCAUCAGUUCAACUACUAUGCAAAGCUACUUGUCUCUGUCACACAGAGAUAAAAUAA